UUUAAAAUAAUAUUUGACUUGCUUGUAAUAAAUUCUUGUAAAUAAUUUCCGAGACGAAAAAUAUAAAAUUUCUAGUAUAAUUUAAUAGCGUUUCAAGCAUGCAUCCAAAAAUCACCACCAUUCAGCAAAUCAUCACCUACAAAGAUAAGAAGAAAAAGAUGUACAACACCUCGCCUCUCACCCAAUAUAACCACUAUAAGCAUCGCUGUCGUAUCAAGAAUGCCAAAAAGUUGAUUGACAAUUCAGCACCGGCGUUACAUUUAACAAACAUAAACAAUGCAAAAAAUAACUAUACGGACUUGGCGUCCCUUUUCCAGGUCAUGCAUUCGAACACUGAAAUGCUGAAAUAUUUCGGGCGCAUGUAUAUGUUGGGACGAAAGAAUUCAUGGAAUGACUCGCAUGAUGCGCAGUGGCGCUAUUCAAGACUCGCUUUCAUGCAGAGGUCAGUGAAAGCCAUUGCCAAAGAAAACAAACACAUUGCACGGCGUGUGUUGAGUGCGCGUAGAGUCGUAAAUACAAAUUUGAAACGAUCAUCGCUGAGUUAUGCGGAUUUUAGGGCGCCAAGAGAGAUUUUAUCAAAGUACAGUACCAAAUUAAUAUUACCGCCCAGAUGCUGGGAGCAACGUUUACUUUUACGACCAAUAGUAUACUUUGAGUUGGAAGUUCCGGGUCUAUAUUAUAUUGGUCGCUUCACCGUUCAACUCUACACGGAAGCAUUUCCCCAGGCAGUAUUGGCAUUUGUGCGUAUUUGCAAGUAUCAGAAGUUGAACAAACUUAAGCUCAUACGCACCUUUCCCAAGCUGUGGUCGGAAUUUGAACUGAGUAUGGAUCAGGCGGACGCCGCCUUUGCUAAAUCGUCACCAAUCGAAUAUGAUAGGCGUGCGCUUGGUCAAAACUUCAAACCGGGUAUACUGUCGUUCUCUUUGAAACAUAUCGAAACACUUCAAAAGGGUAUCUUAAGUUUUGCGCUGAGUUUUAGGCCAUUAUCGGUAGAGAUGACCAAUCGCGUGGCGUUCGGCGUUUUGAUUGCGGGCAUGCGUGGACUCCAAUUGCUGGAGAAUAAUAGCACUAAGAAUGGCAAACCAAUUAAGGAUGUGAUCACAACAGCGAUGGGUAUAAAAACACCGAUUUAGAAGCAGGUUAUACUUUGCUUGACUACAACCAAGUCCGCACAGGAGAUAAAAUCGUAAUAUUUCUACGAUUAAUAAGCUACGAGAGCGAGGCUGUUAUACCACUCGAAAUAUUUGAUGAAAAACUUGCGAGAAGCUUAACCAAAUACUGUUGCCGUUUAAAAAUCAAAGGCAAAGUGAUUUCUAAUGAGCCGAGGGAAGAACGGGAAGGCUCGUUGUUUAUAAAUUUAUGUGAUAUUAGUUUUUUAGUU